AUGCAUCGUCUAUCACCAGGAAAACAUCUCUUUAACACUUCCAAAAACCUCCUCUUCGAAUACGUCAUCCACAACAACCCCUCCGCUCCAUUAUCAGCUUCAACCCUCCUCAUAAUCCAAUGCCCCGCCUGGGGUCUCGGUUCUGAAUACCUCCAAACUGGCCUCGCCCCCUUAUACACUCAACACAAUUACACCCUUCUCUUCUUCCACCCUCGUGGAACAGACGGCUCCUCUCGUCCUUCCGACCCAUCACAAAUGAGCAGCAUGCCCCAUCUCGCCUCCGACCUGGAAGACCUUCGCGUCUACCUAGAAAUUAAGAAAUUCUCCGCAUUAAUAGGCCAUUCCAACGGCGGGGCCAUUGCCUUAGGAUAUGCGGAGAUGUAUCCAGAGCGUGUGCAGAAGUUGAUUCUACUGGAUCACCAGCUGGUAGGGUUUAAGGAUCGCGUGCUGUUGGAGGUAUUCAAGGAUGAUAACCGAUAUCGAGAGGCUUUUAUGGCGCUGAAGCAUUCUCCGCAUCAAACAGACGAGGAAUUCACUCGCCAUGUGAGGGCCAUUCUGCCUUUGUACUUUGUUGAACCAAAGAGGUUUGUCCCUGUGCUGGAACAAUCGAUUGGAGAUAGAUUCAUGCCCGUGUGGUGUUAUCGGAGUGUAUAUGGAUGCGACAAUAAGUUGUCGAAUCCUACGCAGAUGAUCGAUGGAUUGACCAAGAUUCGUGCGAAGACGUUGAUGAUCUUUGGCAAAGAGGAUAUGAUCUGCGGUUUGAGUAUUGCGACACGCACAAAGGAAGGCAUCGAUGGGGCUCAGCUGAUAGUAUAUGACGAUUGUGGCCAUUUCCCAUGGAUAGAGAAGAAAGAAGAGACCUUCAAUGAUAUUGUAGCGUUUUUAAAACGUUAG